UCUGUAUGAAUUUUGUUGGCAGGGAUGUUGCCAAGUAUACUUUGAUGUCAAGCGUCGUCAUCUUCCGCGGCGGUGCUCAGCUUCAUCUCCCGUAUCUCGACCUUGCUCCGUCCACGGACACGCCACAUCCUCCCAAACCACAGAUUCUAAAAAUCCAAGCACCAAUUGGAACACCAAGUAUUGCCUCAUCUAGCAUUUCUCAUCAUCUGGCUUUUUCUCAACACCACUACGAAUAAUAUAGUACUCGCCACCCUUGUCUGAGGGAGGUGGUGCGUAUCUGUGCGCAAAUACAAGCCUAUGGUAACUCGCCCGUCCUGCUUCAACAACGGUCUGCGGGUUUCUUUUCCACUAAAAACUGGAACUUGUUAGUCCCCUGCGCCUCUCGUCUCUUUUUUUCUCCCUCGUUACCCGUUCGUCCCUAGCUUCCACCCCUCGUUAGCGUCUUGGGGGAGGGCCUAUCCGCACCGCUACAGUCCCCUCCUCCCCGCUUUGCUUCCUUGCUUAGCCCCAAACUCCAUCUGCAUCCCAGCUUGUCUUGCUCGCAACCACCACGACAACAGCCAGCACAGCAUACGCACCACCCAACACCCAACACCCCCCCUGCUAAGCUCAACACACACACGCUCAUGUACUAACCGUCCACACUGGCCCUGCGUUCGACAGUAUUAGCUGCCCGUGCCGCUGUCGCCGUCUGUGGUCGCCCCCCGUUCCCGCACCGCACGCUGUGUGUGCUUCGCUUGGCGCACCACCACCACCACCACCACCACCACCACCACCCAGACUCCCAUGUCUUUUAGCACUGACUCUCUCUCCAUUCUCACCCAUCGCUCGCCGUGCCGUCGUUUCGCUUCAUCCACUGGCUCAUUCAGCGCUGCCUGCGCCUCACGCCCCCCUCCUCCUGGCUCUCCGUCUCCCCUCCUUUUUCUUCCGUGUCCCCCAGAAGCAUUGCCACGCGCCGGGCUCUCUUUCUCCUCACAUCUCUCACAUCUCCUCGCUGUCGCAUCUCGCCCGCCCCCUUUGCGUGACCCCGACGCACCUUGUUAGAAAUAGACAAAGGCCCAAAAUCCCAGGUGCGCGCAUCGGACUGAGCAAUGCCGAGCUUCGGGCGCCUAGGCAAACACAACAACCGCUCGCAGCACGGCCUGGAACAGCAAGCGCAACACCCGGAAACACUUGGUCCCUCAGGCGCUGCUAGCCUGGGCUCCAACGUCGCGGAUCCCGCCACAGCCACGGGGGGUCCCUCCUCUGUCCACAGCGCCAGUGCCAGCACGGCCGCCAGCCUCGCGUCGGUUUCUGCUGGCGGUGCUUCGGCGUCUCAACAGCAGCAGCAACAGCACCGCUCAUCGUCUGACACAAACAGUAUUCCCUCGGUUUCUAUUGCUGCUGCUACAGCGCCUUCUGCGUCGUUGAGUUCGCGAGACGAGAUUGAGGCCGCGCAGAAGCAGCUUCUUCACCAGCAGCAACAGCAGCAGCAGUUUGUCGCCGGCCCCAGCAAGCUGCAGAAGCAACCGCCUCCACAGAAGCUCCAGCAGCAACAGCACCACCACCAACAGCAGCCCGCACCCCCGCCGCACCUAUUCAACGCACCACCACCUUCGUCCAACCCCCCGUCCGCCUCAGGCUCCCUCCAUCACCACCACCAACAACAACACCAGCACCACCCCGGCGGCUCUCUCGACGACUUUGAUGUUCGUCAGAUCCUGCCUGCUGCCGAAUCCCACGAUACCCUCGUGAACCGCUCCCAGAGCCAGCGCUUUGCCCCCCUCGCUUCCUCUGCCUCUUCACCGCACAGCCUCCCUCCCCCCUCCGCUGGGCACCCGCACCAACAGCAGCAGCACCUCCACCACCAACAACAACAGCAACUCUACGGUAUCGGCAUCGCCACUAGCUCUGCCGACGACCUUGCUGCACAAUACCCUGCCGCUGGCCACAAUCAGGUGCAGUCUCUCCAGCAGUUGCAGCAACAGCAGCAACAACAACAGCAGUACCUCAACGCUGCGCCCCCGCCCCAACAGCAACAGCAACAGCAGGCCUAUCCCAAGCGAACCACCCGCGGCUUGCAAAUUAUCAAGGGCAUUUUCGGCUCGGGUCGCAGCAGCUCUUCUCUAGGCCAUCAUCCUGCCGACGAGCAUUACGCUCACGACUCUCUGCACGAUAGUAAUAAUAACAACGCAGGUGGAAACUUGUACCGCCGGCCGUCUACUAGCAAACGAGACUCUCGUGCGCCUAAUCCCAUCCGCCAAGUUUCCAACAGCAGCGACGUCGACCCCUCUGCCUACGACGAGGCUCCCGGUUUCCGCCCAUCCCCCCAGCUCCUCCAAGGCCAGCUCCCCGGCCUAGUCACCAACGAAGACCAAUACGAGGGCAGCGGUCACGAAGUGCAAUCCCCCAUAGCCUUCAACAAUAACAAUCAGGACCCCUACUUGUCCAACAAUAACUCGCAGCAGGACAUCCUACGGCCUCCCACCCUCAGACAUACCAACCCAGAGACUGACUCGCAGCUGUCGUACGAGUCGCCCGUCACCGACCCCGAGAACCGUCAACCGGGCCAAGUAAACGCUUACAGCCCCGACAAAUCCAUUGCAAUGCCCUCUGGUCCAGCAACGGCUGGCCGCCGAACCCAGGAUGCCGAAAAGGCUCUGCGUGGUGCCCAAGUAGAUCCCCCUCCCGGCCCGCCUCCGGGCUACCGCGCUGGCACUGCCGGUAUCAACCCAACCAGCCCUCAACCUCCUGCCGCGGGUCCUCCCUCUGGCCAAGCGUCCUUCAAGGGUGAGCGCGGAGCUCAAUUCGAAGGUGCCGCUGUCGAUCAGGGUCGCGAUAGCCCCGCACCCGCCGCCGAGCGCGAUGGCGAAUCAGAAAAGCAGUUUAAAGAAUUAUUAACCAAAUAUAAGCAUGUUAAGCGUCUGUAUUUUGACGGCAAGAACCAGAUCGAGGCACUCAAUGGACAGGUCGAGACGCUGCAGAAUGCCGUCGCCAACCAGCGCAUGUCGCAGUCUAGAACAGCCCUAGAUGACAGCGAAUACGUGACACGCUUCACCCGCCUGGACGGGGCCAUCAAGGACUUGUCCUUUAAUAUCCGCAAGGACUGGCGCUGCCUUCCCAAGUGGCUCGAUAGCUAUGUCAGCGCUGAUGCCCUCAAGACAGCCAAGCAGGAAAUGACUGCCGUGGGCCGUGCCGUCAUUUCUCGCUGGCUCGUCGAGGAGAUUUUCAACAAAUGUUUCCACCCCGGUCUGGAAAUGUCGCUCAGCAUGCAGCUCAAGGAGAUUGAGCUGAGCAUCCGCGGCAAUGCCCAUACCAUGCACAGCCGCGAAGAGUUUGAUGCCCUUACCACCAAGAUUGUCAACUGGCGCAUGGCCACGCUUGACGGCCUCCAGAAAAAGCUCGAUGUGACCACGACCGCCGAGAACCGUGCUCUCUUUACCUCCAAGGCUGUCACUAACCUGACAGCCUGCCUGCAUCAGUAUCUUAGCGUACCGCCGCCUGCCGGCAUUGAGGGCAGUGCAUCCACCAUUAUCGAGAUUGCCGUUGCUCUUGUGGCCAACCUGCCACUGGAGAGCCGUGACGUUGCCAUCAUGUACCCGCUACCAGGCGAGAUGGUGCGCCCGCAUCUCAUGGAGGUGGAUAAGAAUGCGCUGCCCACGCUCGACGGCCAGCCACGCCCCGAGAGCGACGACGACGAUGACGAUGACGAAGAAAAGUCCAGAGCUUUGUCCAAGGACAGCAAGGUGCGAUUCGCCGGAUUCAUGGCAGUUGAAGUGCGCGGCCGUCAAGUGCUGAUGAAGGCGCCGGUAUGGAUACUCUAACGACAACCAAGAAAGCAAAAAAGACGAUUAGAAAAAAAGGGAAAAAAGACAAAAUCGGGUAGGGGUAGAGUGUCGCCAGUUGGUACUACUAGACGCUGGUAUAUAAUGCAUGUAGCGUAUUGACGAAUUACGGAUAUUUCAUUUUUAUAUAUGUGAGCAAAACAUUGAGUGGUUGAUGUUUCUGCCUAACCAGGCGCUAUGUACAAAAUACGUCUGUCCUACUAAGUAGAAAGGUCGUCUGAGUGGUUCUAUAUACAAGUCAUCGCCUGUUUUCUGUCUGUUUGUGUUAUACAGGGGUUUUCGCGUAUGUGACAGCCUCGAAAAAGCCGUCGUCUGCAAGUUGUCCAGCAGUUGCCCUCUCAGCAGGAUCCCAGCGAAUCGCCUUUUCCAUCAGUGCUAUGAAGAGACGCUGCAACUCGCGACCUUCAGCAGAGGUCCUGCCAGCCUCCUUGAAGAACUCUUUUGUCCGUUCAGCAUCUCUAGGCUGCUGUCGAUCGGCAAAAGUCUCGCGCUGCCGCAACAGAAGGCCCUGAUCUAUGAACUCGCCGUUGGGGAAGUACUCCGUAGGCGAACGCGCGAGGAGGCUAGCUGGUGGGGGACCAAUUAGAUUGAUGAUGGAUGCGAGAUGUGUGGUUGGUGAGGAGGGCGUGUACGCCGGUGCCGGAAAGAGAUGGACAUCGUGUAUCAGAUGCCAGGCCUAUUUGGAUGUGAGCAAGACUAAUAGAGAAAUGAUCGGCCAACGUACCAUGCAUGCGGUAUUCCAUACGUCGACGCUAUACGACCAUGGAAUUUCUAACAGUACUUCUGGCGCGCGAAACGGCUCGCCCUGGAUCAUGUGUUUUCCGUCUUUGUCUCCCGGGACCGAUGCGGAAAAGUCGCACAGCACAGGGAUGAGGAUAUCCUUGCUAGCGGGCCGCGGGACAAAGGUAAUGGGGUAUAUGAUGCGUCCUGUCUCGUCUGUUCGGCGAGGGAUAGACUGCUUCAGCCACGCGUUUUCGAUGUUUGUAAAGACGGACUCAUCCGUCGUCGGAAACAUGAGGUUGUCUGUCUUGAUAUCUGCACGGUCAUCGUUAGCCUAUAUUCACAAGUGCGAUGAAACCGGCAUCAACUCACCUGUAUGAAUCACUCUGCACUCUGUAUGGAGAUAAUCCAGCGCCCUAAACACUUGCUGCAGAAUCGUAGCGCUCAUUACCAGCGGCAUGCGCUGCCUGUUACCAGUCUUCUCCAUAAACUCAUGCAGAUCUUCAAAGAGCACAGGAUGCACUAAGCACGGAUGUACAUCCGUCGGACCCUCAACGUCAAAGGAAUCCAGGAGCGGCCGGAUCGCUUCUCGGCCGGGAUGUUUGGACGGCGGCAUGCGCGCGUAUAUACGACCCUCGUUGUACAUUUUAUGCAGAGACGACUUUUGCACGCCGACCUUGAGGGCGAC